AUGGAUGACGAAGCAGAGGAUUCUAGAAGAUUUCUUGAAUACCGGGGCCCAGAGUUGAUCGCUGCAUUUGAGGACUCUCUAAUAAUCUCAAAGCCAAUGGACCUCCUGGUUAGCCCGCCGCCACCAAUGACCACACCGGAAUCCUCGGUACAUGGAGAUGAUCCGAAAGUUAGGGACGAAGAAGAGGACAACGAAAAGAUACAAGUGGGGGAAAGCGAAUUGAUUAUGGAAAGGGUUUUGGGCAAAAGGCAGCAUGACCCGGGUCCGCUGGGCCAAACCGGGCCAGGCUCCGUUGAUUCGUACGAUUAUCUGUGCAAAUGGCUCGGCAGGGGGAUGAGUGCACAUGGGUGCACAAGAGCUCAUUCAGAGAAAGGUCCAGAGAACGGAUGA